AAAAAAUUCAAAAGAAAUUCGUGUCUAACAAAUGAUGACUGAUUUGCAUGUUCAUGAGGGAAAUAAGUAUUUGAUCCCCUAUCAUUCAGCAGGAUUUCUGGCUACCAGGGGUGGACUGAUCAUUUGGAAACUCAGGCACUGCCCGAGGUCCCGGGGUCAGUAGGGGGCCCCAUGAGAUGCCCCUGGUACCUUUUUCAUAGGCUUUUUUGAGUUUGGGCAAGGACACAGGGGCCCCAUGAUCCCCUAUUGCCCGGGGGCCCCAUGAGUUGUCAGUCCG